AUGAAUUUACAACGACUUAGUAUUAAUGUUGGACGAAAAAGUAUUAUUUCAUUUUUUGAUAUACUGCAUAAACGUUCUCAGUCAACGGCAGUUACCACAUACAAGUCUCAAGAUAAUAGACAGCCUAUGAAUACUGUUGGAUUUCAAUUUUUAUCACAUAAAAAUUAUUAUCCUUUAAUGAUUGAUUCUAUAACCCAUCAGUUGGAUCUUAUUGAAAAAUUUGUUUCAGUUAUUGAACAAAUGACUGAUGCUAGACAAUCUUACUCAAUAGCCAUAAAAAAUGUAUGUCAAUCAUUUAAAGAAAGUGUAGAAAAAGUUGAAAGUAUAAAGAGAGACAGUGAUACUAAUAGUAACAAUGAAAUUCUUUAUAAUUUUUGGCAUGUAUUUAUUGAGAAGUUUCAAAAUGAAGCUGAGCUUCAUGAAAAUGUAAUUCAGGAGACUAAAGCAAAAGUUGUGACUCCAUUACAGUGUAUUGUGAAGCAUAGAAGACAACAGAUUUCUCGUUUGAAAGCUUUUCGUACAUCAACAGAUUACACUCUUAAGGAAUGUGCUGAAAAGGUUAAUGAGUUACAAAGUAAUUACGCAGAGAUGUAUAGAAUUCACCGUGAAAUAUUACAAACUAAAGCUAUAAAAGACUUGCUCAAUGCUCAUAAUUCUUAUGUUCUUCAACUACAUAUGACAAAUGCCAUGAAAGCUUAUUAUCACAAUUUAGUAUUACCACAACUAAUGCAGGAAUUCGAAGAUAUUGUCAGGGAAAACAUCAUUGGAUUUGUUCAAAUUUUUGAAUAUUUUUGCUCAAUUCAUACAAAUAUGUUUGAUCAACUUAUUUGUAACAUUAAUGGUGUUCAACUUAAAGUGAGAGAGAUUUCUCCAGAUUCUAUUGUAUCAGUUAUUGUGCACAAUUUAAACAAAAAUCAAAAUCCAACACACUGGCAGCUCAUUGAAUAUCUUUCACCAGAUUGUGAUUGCCCUGAAAUUUUAUGCUCAAAUCAAAUAAUUGUUGAUAAUUUAGUUAAAGUAGAAUUACGAGAUAAAUUCAGUGAAUUAAAACGUCAAUUUGCUGAACUUUCAUCAUUUAUGCAACAAAAUGUAAACAUUGUAGAUACAUUGAAAACAUUGGAAAAGAGAUUUGAUUUUGAUACUCAAACUGAGCAUACAAACUUGAAUAUGCAUGAUGAUAUUUAUCGUAAAGAGAAUGAAAUACGUAAAGCAAAAAUAGCAUUAGCUGGGAUUGAAGUACAAUUAAAAAUUAUUGAUAUGAAGAAAGACGGUUCUGGUGACCUGAAAUCUGUCACAACAUCCGGUUCACAAAAUAUUAAAGGAUUAUGGAAACGAGCCUUUCAUUCUUUAAGAAAAGAUAAGACUGAUAAAGAUCAAAUUAAACGUAAAGAAAAUGGUAAUCAACCAACGGAUCCUCAAACACCAGAAGGUGAAGUUGACCCAGUAUAUCAUUUGCUAAGAUGUGCUGCGAGUAAAAGUCAAACUACAGCUGUAGCUACAACUGGUAUAAUGAAUUCUAGAAUUAAUGCCAAAACAAAAUCCUCUGUACCUGAUACACCUAUGACAAGUUCUAGUGAAUUUGGACAGUUUGUGAAAUCGGAUUAUAAUGAAAUAAAUUCAUACCCUGGUUCUUUACUUCUACAAAGAGCAUCUACGAGUAUAACACUUAAACAAAACGAAUCAGAUCCACGACGACCAGAUGAAUUUUUACUGGAAGGUGACAACAAUCUCAGCAUCAUCAAUAACAAUAAUAAUCAAAGCAACAAAGAAAUUGAAAGUAACAUAUCACGCUUCAAUGAGUAUAAGUCGGUUAAAAGUAAUGUGUUAAUUUCUAGUAACAUGAAAUUAUCUCCUCAAAAACCUGUAGCAGAACAACAAAUUGUAAAUGUAAAUGAAGCAGAACUAGCUUAUGAACAACAUAAACGAAUGAAUCCUAGACAGAAAACCAUGCGUUCUAAUCAGAAAAGUCCAGGAUUUCUUACUGAAGAUUAUCCACAAACAUCCUUUACUGGCGAUUAUGGCUAUGAAAGUGAACCGAAACCAUUUACUUGUACAGAUGAAGUAAAAUCUCAAAAAUUAUUUCCAGGUUAUAAUCCAAAAUCAUUUUCAUCAGCAAUAAGAAAUUCCCGCGAAAAAAUGAAUGCAUCCAAUCGAAUGAAGAUGAUGUCAAUGGAAGAAACUGAAGAUGAUGAUGCUGAAGGAGUUAAUAACAAUAAUAAUAACUAUUAUAUUCAAGAAAAUGAUAAUUAUCAAGGACAAAAUGCUUAUAAUACAAGUUAUUUACGUUGGAAUAGUUCAAAUCCAACAAUCUCACAAAAAUAUGCUUAUAAUUUAAGUUCAGCAAGUCGUAAACCAUGUUAUAAUGAUGUAAUGUCACAGUGUCCUACACAAACAACAAACUUAGAAGAUACAGCAAAAAAGAAUCCAUUGUUAUCUACAAAAAGUUUUUCAUUGGAUGUACCACGUUUUGAUCAACCAAAUGAUUCUAAUUUAACUGGUUCGGGAGGUUCAAGUCCAGGGCGUUAUUCUGAAGGAUUUCGAAAAUCUUCAAUUGUAAAACAUCAUCAAUAUCUACCAUCUAGAGUUUCACCAUCAUCUUUCUCUCAAAGAAUGAAUGAACCAAUGUUUUAUACUCAUGCAACGAAAAAUAUUCCUUAUGAAGAAAAACACAUGACGGAUAUUCAUUAUCCUACUCAAAUAAAUACAAAAGAUUUAUACAAUGUUGGCUCCUCAUAUCCUACAAAUUUGAAUGAAAGAUCACCUUCUACAUCAGGAAGACGUAGAAUCUCACCAUUUGAAAAUUAUUCAUCUCGUCCACGUUUAACAAAUACAAAUAGAAUGUUGCCGAAACCAAUUGAAAGUACAUAUGAAAGAAAUCCAUUUGCUGUCAAAAGGAAUUUUGCAUCAAAUCAAAGAAAUGAACCUAAUCUAAGAUUUUAA